AUGGCAACAGAAACAGUCCUCAGACUGAGUGGCUCUCGGGUUCAUGGCCACUACGACAAUUCGAUGAGUCUCUACCAACAAAUAAGCGAAAAGCAGAAUGGAUUCGCUUUCGGGAUCAGUUCGAGCGCAUCGUUUCAUGUAAAGCGCCUUGAUGCCGCGGCCAAGCUAACGGGACAUAAGAUUUUCGCUGGUAACUAUUUACUCAGCAUUGUCGAGAUGCAAGAACGGCUUUUACCAAUUGGUGGAUCGGGAGAUGUUUACAAAUCGACGAUUGGACUAAAUAAAUAUUUUAACGGAAUGUGCGAUGCCACCAAGGAACGAAUGAAGUUUAGAGAAAUGAGAAUGCGAAUUGGUGAGCCCUUUUCUGACUGGGUACUUCGUUUAGAAUCCCAGGCCAAAUUCUGUGAAUUUUCGAAAGAGCAAUGCAAGGAGGAACUCAAUCAGGCUAUGAUGAGACGCUCGAUUCCUGAGAUCGCUAGUAAGCUGUACGAGAUGUCUGACUUUUUCGAAAACAACCUUGAGCGUAUCAUCAAUCACGGGAAACAUCUGGAUUAUAUAAAAUCAGAAGCGGAGGAGGUGGAGCUUAGUUUGAAGGAGGCGGCAGUAUCUCAGCAGGAUGAUUCACAACAGGAUGCAUCGAGAGUUGUUAACGCCGUUUAUCCGAUGGGAAAAGUGUUCAAGAGAAAUCGUGACGAACCAUACCGCCGUAGGCCGGACAAUACUGGAGCAAGGUAUACCCAGAGCUGGAACGGAAGAAAGGGGGAACGGAAUAUCGGAAAUUCAAACUGCGCUAGGUGUGGCCGUGUACAUGGACCGAAGCAGUGUAAAGCAUUCCUGGCGAGAUGUUACGCUUGCGAUAAAGUCGGACAUUUCGCUGAUUUCUGUCGUUCAUCAAAUAAGAAACCGGGAACUUCAAAUCAUGGCAGAUCAUAUGGCUACGAUGAAAUGAAACGAGAAGCAGGGAAGAUAAAUCAGGUAGACACGAGUUUGAUUACCGGUAGCCCAACAUAUCAUGACAGCAGAGGUGAUCCACGACUUGUGAAUUGCGUGAUUGGAUCUGAGAAUUUCCAAUUCCUAGUAGAUUCUGGUGGUUCUGUUAAUACGAUCACGAAUCAUGGGUGGAAUAUGAUCAAAAAGAAGUGUCACACGGUCAUUCAUGAUUUAGUAAUGCAUCCCGAGGAAGUUUUGAAAGGUUAUGCUAGUCAGCGCCCGUUAUAUGUGGUAUGCUCGUUCAAAGCAUAUCUGGGGGUCAAGGAUAGUCAACAACCCACGCAGUUGGCGAGAUUUUUCGUGGUAAAUGGUACCGAAUUAUCGCUACUCGGUUUUCAGACAUCGUUCCAACUGAAUUUGAUUCGGAUAGGCCAUGAGAAGGGGCGAAACGAAUAUGUGAAUUGUGCGGACAUUGCUAGAGAACCACAUAGUCGGUUUUUCGGUUGCAGCAAUUUGAAAUCGAUGCAGGAAUUUCCAAAACUCCCGCUAGACGCUGUUAAAAUUAGGUUGAACCACUCUGUGAUGCCGAAACAAAUAAUUCGAUACAAUGUUCCUAAAGCGUUCGAGAGUGCAAUAAAUGAAAGACUUGCUAUUAUGGAGGAAAACGGUAUUAUUGAGAGAGCUGACAUGGAAAAUUAUAAAAUCACAUUUGUGUCACCGAUGGUUCUAGUUCCAAAAGGUCCGAAAGAUUUCAGGAUCGUUGUAGACUAUCGUGAAGUCAACAAGGCAAUUAUAAGAGAACCCUACCCUAUGCCUUCACUAGAGAAGAUAUGGACAGAUAUUCCCCAUAAUGGAGGAGAGCUUUAUUUCACAAAACUAGACCUUAAGGACGCUUAUUUUCAUGUAGAAUUGCACGAAGAGAUUCGUCAUUUGACUACUUUUAUGACUGCAAACGGUUUGAUGCGUUUCAAGAGAUUACCUUUUGGGCUUUCAUGUGCUCCAGAGAUAUUCCAACGUGCGAUGGAAAGGAUUUUUGUCAACUGCAAAAAUAUUGUUGUAUAUCUUGAUGAUAUUCUCGUAUACGGUCGAACGUUGGAAGAGUUAAACGUUUAUGUGAGAGACGUGAAAAGGAUUAUUGAAAGCAGUAAGUUGACAAUUAAUGAAAGUAAAUCAACUUAUAAUCAAAGUAGGGUUGAUUUUCUUGGAUUUACAUUGGACGGUAACGGCAUACUACCAACACAGAAGAAAAUUUCCGAUAUCAUGCUUUUCCAAAAACCCAAGGAUGCAUCCGAAGUACGCAGUUUUUUAGGCAUGGUUACUUUCAUAAGCCCGUUUGUAAAGAACUUUUCCCAUAAAACGAAACCAUUGCGAGAUUUGCUUUCCUGUAAUUCCAAAUUCAAAUGGACGGACGAACAACAGAUAGCUUUCGAAGAUCUGAAAAGUGCAGCUGAGAAAGACUUGAUUAAAAGAGGAUAUUUUAAGGAAAGCGAUAAAACGAUUCGCUAUACCGAUGCCUUUCCUUGGGGAUUGGGGGCUGUUUUGACACAAGAGAACGUUAGUAACAGAGAACAUCGUGUUAUUGCAUGUGUGUCUAGGAGCUUAACUGUGGUGGAAAGCAGAUAUCCACACUUACAUCGCGAGGCAUUGGCCAUUGUGUGGGCCAUGGAACGUUUUGCGUACUACCUGCUGGGGAGGAAAUUCAUACUACGUUCGGAUAGCGAAGCACUGAUGUUUAUGCUUAAGAGCAAACAGCGCAAGGAUAUCGGAAAACGUAUAAUGUCGCGGGCGGAAGGUUGGUUUUUGAGAAUGGAACAUUUCCAUUACGACUUCGAACAUGUGACAGGCAAGGAUAAUAUUGCAGAUGCAGCUUCCAGGAUCGGUGGUAAGCGGAAUGAUCUCCAGUUUGGUUUGGAAAAGGAGCCGCAUGAGCUGUGUUGGGUUGAAGCUAACAUCAACAGUAUUAGUGAACAGUUGCUAGCGUUAACUACUGAACAGGUCAAAGAAGAACAACUGAAGGAUAAUGAUUUACAAUUGGUCAUCCAAUGGCUUGACAAAACAGAAUAA